AUGAAUGGAUUGGAUGAGAAUUUUAUGAGGAUGCAAAUAUUUGAAAAUCAAGAAUAAUGCUUAAAAUUUUGGAAUUAAGUAAAUAGAUUAGAAAAUUACAAUGAGAAAAUUCGUAACAAAGAUUCUUAAUACUAUGUUUGGAUUGAAUUUAAUUUUCUGAAAUGUGUACCAUUAAAUAUAUUAAUUGAUGCGAUUGUAUAAUAAAUGAAAUAUUCUUUUAGGCUAAUAAAUAUUUAGAAGUUUAAAACAGCUAGAUCAAGAAUAUUUCAAUAGAAAUUUUAAAACAUUUUAAGAAACUGAAAACAUAGUCUAUUUUGCAUGGUAACAUUUUAACAAAAAAUAUAAUCAUUGAAUUAUAGAAAAAUUAGUUUUUCGAUUAAUCUAAAAAUGAGAUGCAAAUAAAGAAUAUAUAUUUUACAAAUUAUAACUUUUAAUAAUAGACAAAUGAUGAAUAAGAUAUUAAAAAUAUUUUUUUGAUAUUAUGGAGAUUAAUUGAUUCAGCUGAUUCUGAUGCUAAUUUUAUAAAAGCAGAAACUUUAGAGGAGAUGACGAUUGAAAAUAUUCUAAUAUCGAUAUAAAAUUUGUAAUUGAUAUUAAGAAUAUAGGUGUAUUCAAGAUGGAAGAACAAAAAGUACAAUAAAGAAGAUAGGAAGUUUUUUGAAAUAAUUGAUUGUUGAAACUGAUUACAUACAAAUAUUGUCAAUCAAAUUAAAAAACAUCUAACCAAUUCUUAAAUAAAAUAUCGAUAGCAUAAUUGAGAAUUUUAUCAAUCAAAAAAAGGAAGAUAAUCGUAGUAAUGUUAUGAAUAUAUAUAAGAUUAUAAUCAAUUGUAAUAAAAUUUGGAUUAAGAGAUAUCUUAGAAUGAGAAUGAUUUAAUAAGAAAUAGAAUAAAAUCUGAGUUAGAAUAGUAGGAUUAAAUUAUUAAAGAAUAAAAGAUCUUUUUAGAUAAGCUUAAAAAGAUAUCUUUACAGAAUUUUGUUGAGAGUGUUAUUUAAAAUAGCUUUUAAAUAAGUAAAAAAUAAUAAAAUAAAUAUUUUUAUAGUUAAAGAAGAUAGCUAAUCAAGUGA